AAAUUUCUGAUAACACAGAGGGUGACGAUGUGUUAUUUGUUGUAUUUUAUACAAAUUUAGGUUUAUUUUGUAUGUUAAAUUGCACUCCGAUGCAGAAGUGUGCGUAAAAUGCUAAUUGAAAAGGUCAUUCUCAUAUGGCAAUUUCGUGCCUGAGCUCUCCCCCUUCCUUCGUUGAGUGGUUUUGGAUGUAAACAAACACCACAAUGGACGUGAUGCAAGACAAGGAUCAAAGGGUAAAAACACUCCGCCGGGAGCUGGAAGGCUGGCGAGAAGUGCUCUGUGCAGCAUAUUCAGUCUUGAUUUGGGAGAAACAGUACUACCCAGCCAUUUCUGUUUCAACUGUCACUGCCUUGUUCUUGAUGGUAUGGUACGUCGAACCUUCAGUGUUGACAUUAAUCUCUGUUACUGGCAUAAUCAUAACUGUGUGUGAUUACUUGGUCCCACAGGUUGUUCCUUGGAUAGUUGGAGCCCAUCAUUGGACAGGCGCCCAUGAGCGGAGGUAUGAACAAAUCAUCACUUCAAUGGCAUCACUUUGUGGAAUGGCCUCAUAUGUUACCAGUACACUGAAGUCAAUGAAGGAGUCAAAGCCUAGAACGUACUUUGUAGUAGUGACGGUGGGCCUCAUAUUUUGUGCAUGGCUUGGCAGUACCAUUGACAACUUACUUUUGACAUAUCUCAUUGUUACAGUCAUUGUGCUGCUUCCUGGAAUGAAACAACAUGGUAUUCUACAGAAGUAUUUCUCGUCUGCCAUCCAGACCUUAGCAAAUUUGCUGAAGACUUCUGUUGCUGCUGUUCAGGGAAGCAAGAAUAACUCCAAUGGGGAUUCAAGCAAAAAGAAGGAGUAAUUUCCAAGGGCUUUGGUUGGAGUAAAUUUAUCAUUUGUAUAGAGCUGAGUGUUUUCCAUAUUUUAAAGUGGUGAUAUUUUUAUUGGGUUUUCUUAAGUGCUAGAAAUCUCUUUAGGGGAAAUACUUUUGAAGGACAUUUCCGUAGGGAAAUAUAGUGUUACCAAUGCUAGAUUCUAUCACUUUCAUUAUUACAUUUUGGGAAGGAACCAGUUUUGUCUGGCCUCUUCGAAUUUCAGUGUAGAGGUAUAUUUUAACAUUGCAGGUCUCAUUUUUUUUUUUUUUUUUUGAAGUAUUGUACUGUACUUGUAAGAGUAGACUUAACUGUUUGUCAUUGUAAUUGUAAAUGUUGUCUGCAAGAAAAUAUUUUUAUGUAUGGUAAGUCAUAAUGGAAUAGCUUGCAUUUGUUUUUUUUAUUUCUUUUUUACUGAAACAAAAUGAAAGCCAGUGCCUAAGUUGACCCUGUAACUGUGUAGGCUACAGGAACAUGUCAGAUUGAGUAUUUGAUAUCCAUACUUUAUGAAGGAACUAUGGUAACUCCAAUUUGCUCUUUGCACAAGGAAAAUUGACAGUGGCAUGGUGCUGUUAUUUGAUUGUACAGUGAGUUUUUGCUUCAUAUUAUACUUUGUUUACAUGGUAGUGCUGAAAUUUAUUUUUUUUAGGCUAUAAAAUCUGACCAGUUUUUAAAGGAUGUACAUUUUUUUUGACAGUGGACACUCAUUAUAGAGAUGUAUGAAAUUUUUUUUGUUUCAUAAAUCUUGUAAAGGCUAGGGGAAGGUUACAUAAAGUUUUUGGUUUUUGGCUUUGAGACCUGUGAAUGGCUUCAGACAGAUUUUACUGCCACUUGUCAAGGAGUGGCCAUCCAUAUUUUAUUAUGGGUAUAACUGCACCAUCACUCACUCUUCAAUUUUCAACUUUUGCUCUUAAAUUUUAAACAGUAUCGUGUAAUUGUAAAUAUACCAACAAGUUUUCAUCUUAAUUUUUAUGUGAGACUCGAGUCUUGUUGCUAGUUAUUAUUGGUAGUAUUUGCAUUUGUGGUGUGCAUCUGUCAUAACUAUUUGAAAUGGUUUUGCUAAACAGAAAAUUUUAUUUGAGGCGCUCAGCCUUUGCCUUGAGCCAAGAUCAGUAGAAUCUACGUCUCCACUGACCGACCUUCUUUGAAAUGAACACCAUAUUCUUUGGAAGCUUGAAUUUCAAGUUAGUGGUUCCUGUGGGCUUGUUUCAUAUGAAUAGGGUUCAUCUUCUGAAUAAUAAUAACAUUAAUAAUGAUAUCAACAGGUUCUGUAGUUUGGACCUUUUUAGCACCAAUGGUAAAUUUUUCACGCUGAAGUAAUAUCCAUUAUGUUCUGCAAAUAUACUGUGCAUUAAAAAAUCCUCAAAGUAGCACGAGUCUUCAAGUGGAGAAACAUUUUUGGAUCCACGCCUACACACAUGGAAGGAACACCGUUGGUUUUUUACUCUCACACGGAACUUUGUGAAUACCGAAAAUUAGUGAAGAAGAGAGAUUGAUAAGGGGAACCAAACAGAUUCCCAAAAGCUAUCUCUGCUGUUUUUAAGCUGAAUAUAUGUACAUUUACAUAACUGUGGAUUUGUUUCUCCAUACUGUGCAUUAUCAUCAUACAUAUCAAAAUCACAGUUUUUGGGAAAUUUAGUUUCAUUCCAUAUAUUGCUACUAUCAAAUAUUUUUAUCUUUGUUUGCUACUCUCAGUUGUUGUUAAUGAGUACUGUUAGAGCUUUUGGUUUUUUAGUUGAAUGGUCAGAUCUGUUUACUUUUAUUUUUACUGAAUUUUUACUACACGAGUUCUUAUGCGACAUGUUUGGUCUUCUUUGCCUUGGUGAGUAAAUCUUGAUCAUACAGGUUGAGCCUCUUUCAUUCAGAAGUCUGUAGUUUGGCACAUUUUUUACCCUUUCCCUUUCAAUAUUUUUUUUUUUUUUUUUUUUUUUUUUUUUUUUUUUGCAAAUAUGCAUAAAAGAAUAAGUAUGUAGGAUAUGCUGAGCAUAUUUUUUGAAAAUUAAUACUUCAGAAGUUAUUAGACUUUGAAACAUGACAUUUACAGUCCUGAGUCAACUCUGAGACAACUUCUAAAUUUUCCACACAAUCUGAAGAUGAAUGUUUGAUGGUAUUUGCAUCUCCUGAACUUAAUGAGGUUAUCAAAAAUGUUAGUACGAGUUUCUUUAUCAUUUGUUUUGCAAAAGUAAGAAUGAAUUUUGUCAAGCUGUCUCAGAGAAUUUGACAUUUGAAACUCUGCCAUAAAGGUAAGCAUACAAGUAAGCACAACAAAUGCCAUCUGUUGAGGAAAAUGUACUACACUAAAUGCUCAAAAAGGGAGAGGAAGGAUAGGAAAUAGGAAUGCAUCUUAGAAAGAGUAAAAUUGGUAUCACAGAAAUAUGUAGAGAUAUUUUAGGAUUAUGAUCGAGUAUUUUCCUGAUUGUAAAAAAAGUACGUGGUCAUGGUUCACGAGUAUACUACUUGGGAUAGUCAGGGAAAGGGUUUACCGGCCACCAUUAGUUUGUGGAUGUGCCACCAAUGUGGCACUGUUAUUAGUACUAACUCUCGAAUUACUAACUCUUACAAUGCAGCUGAGUUGUGUGUUGAUACUAUCCAGCUAUUUUCAUAUAUACAUAUUUUAUCCCUUCAUGAGUCAUUCAAGUUGAUUUCUACCCAAAAAGUUUCAAACAUGAAAAGUUCCCUGUGUGUUGUAUUUACUACUUACCACAUGCAUGUGUGUUCAUCAAAUGCUUAACGAAUAGAAAAAAAACAAAUCAUAACUGGUUACAAUGUAUCAAGUAAAUAUAUAUUAACUUUUCUGUGAACAGUGUAGGAAAUUACAUCUCAUUUUCUCAACAUUGAAUUGUUUUUCUAAAAGGAUUUUCUGCUGACCCCAUUAUACUAUGAAUUUUUAUAUUCAUUUUGACUAUAUAUAUAGAUUAUAAAACGAGUAACAUUUCACACAAAGCAGUUUAUUAAUUCAUUAUUCAAAGAUAAUAUUUUCAGCAUUAGUACAUUUUCCUCCCUAUUAAUAUUGAUGAAAACCAUUCCUUAAAGAUUGGCCAAUAAUCAUUAUAAAAAAACAAAAACAAAACUAUGAGAAAAUUUUGCUUGCUUCAAAAUGCUCAUCAUGGCCUAGUGCUUUGCAUAUGACCACUGAUAAAAUACAGCUAUCAGAAUAAUCAUUUUAAAAUAAGUGACCAUUUCAGGUGUGAUUUGAUUCAAACAAGUAUGUUGCUAGUAUAAACAAGUUUCAGCCAACAAUUGCUUUACUACUUAGUAUAAAAAAAUCCUUAUUCAGUAUUUGUGAAAGCAUUGAUGAUAAUAUUAUGUCAUAUUUUAGGCUUGGUUUUACUUUUUGAGAAUGCAGCAGUAUAAAUGUGAACUAAGCAUGAGAUUACAUAAGGGGUUCCUUUGAGGGUCUUAAAAGGCAAUUUCUGUAGUGCAGCAACGGCCAUGUCCCAAGGUUGCUAGAUUAAAGAGGUCUUGCUUGUAUAUCAAUUGUCUAUUAAGAUUUACCAUAAUUUUUGUUUAAGUAAAAGAAAUCUUACCUUGUUUUUAAGAAGUAUUUUUCCAUGUGGAACCUUACUUUUAAUAGGAAAGUAAGUUUUCAAGAAGUGAUAAUUACAAAGUUUAAUCAGGCCACUGAAUCACAUUUUUAGACUUGUGGCUGGCCUGAAGAAUUUGGUCAUUAAAUGACUGAUGGAAAUGUAAGCAGCAAUAUGUUAAAGAUACUGGACAGCUAAUUGGUCAGAGACCAAGAAAACUGACUAAAGAUAGAAAGCAAUGAAAGCUGAUGCCUGAAGAGGUGUUGCAAGGAGUCUCAUACACCUACGGUGUGCCCUUAAUGGGUUUCAUGUCAGGUACUGUAACAGGUUAAUACUCCUAUAUUCUACUUUAUGUAAAUUUCUAUGCAAAAUAAAUAUUGGGUGUCAUUACACAAGAAUAUACUACAGCUAUGUAGAUGUUUAACAACUAAUUUGAAAUUGGCAAGGAAUGAAGAUUAAUAAAGUUAAUUGUAAUGUAGACAAUGUGGUAAGGAAGAAUGAUACAAAAAAAAAAAGAAAGAGUUGCAAGGAUAUAAAGUAAUUUGCUAGGGUACUGAAAUACAUCACGUUAUGUAUCCAUUAUUGUUUGUUUGUUUCCAUUAACACAGGAGAGAGAAAUUAAAAAAAGUAUUUAUUAUGAAUGUAGACUUUGAACUUAUUACCAAACAAUGGAUAAAAAAUUGUUUUGAACUUUCAGCCUCCCUACCACAUGUAACAAUGGUAAAACAAGUGUGUCAGUAAAUUACAAGCAUUGGCAAUGAUGGACUAAAAAUUCAAUAAGUAACAGGUGCAAGCCACUGUUUAUGAGAUUUGGUUUUAUAUCAAUCACAUUGGUCACUUUUAACGUGUAAAACGGUAUUCAUAACUGUAUAAUGGGAAAGAAGAGAUAAUCCUAAACUGGACACAUAUUUGACUCAUUUUAUGUAGCUUAUUUGUCAUUUUUAAAUUUUUUAUUUUGCUUCAUUUUAUGUAGCUUAUUUGUCAUUUAAAAAAUUUUAUUUGGUAUGUAGUGUAAUGUAACUUUACCUCUCCGGUAGCUGAUACCAUCAAGGUAUGUAGUUUGGGGAUUUGUGUUCUUGGCAAUAGGAAAUAGAGUAUUUUGCCUUUUGGCAAAUACUGCAGAACCUGCAGUUAUGUUCUAAAUGUUCAGCUGUUUGAGAAUCAUGUAAACAUUUGUGUAGCUGAAAAAUUCCUGAAUGCACUGUUACUCAAGUUGAAAAUGCUCAUAUAAAAUCCUUCAAGUUGGAAAUGCUCGCAAGAAAUUCUCUACUGAAGGACUUCAGACAGUGAUGUAUAUAUAAUGUGUGCAUGCUCAUUCCUAGUAAAUUAUAGUAAUUUUAUGCAGUUUAUAGAAAUGUAUAGUAUUACUAGGGUCAGUAUUUUGUUGGGACCAUGUAUGUACAUCCAACCUCGCAUUAUGUCAGAGGGUCCUUAUUGCAACAGCAUUUCAUACUGAAAACCAGGAGACGUGCAAGUUGGGUUUUUGUUUGGGACAGAUGCUGCCGAGUUCCUGGAAGAUAGCGUCUCAAAAUAACUCAAUUUCAGAAACAUGAAGAUUGCUGUAACAUGUAGUGGAGAAAACAGGUUGGUCCUCUCAGAGGAGUAAGAAAUGAUAAAGCGACAAUUUUUAUUUUUAUGCUUACAGAUAGUAACUGCAGGAUAAAAUUGAUAUUCAGGUCAGUAGCAUUACAAAUGACGAAUGGGAGUCCACAUUCUUACUACUUGUGGGAAAAAGUCUGAGCAAGUAUGUUAUUUACUGUAUUUUGUGGCUGUGCUUGCUUUGUUUGAAUACAUAUUAGUUGUAGUGUUGUUUGGCAUCAUGCAUUUAUUGUAGGUGGCAAAAAUGUAAUUUUUAGUAUUCUGUCAUGUUAAGUUUUUCAGAUAGAUGUUUGUGCUUUCAUUGCUUCCUCUCCUAUGUAGGGGUAAUAUUUUUACAGGUUAAUUGACAGAAAAAAGGUUUUUAAGAUAAGUAAUGCAUAUAGAAAUAUAGAUAUUAUAUUAUAUACAGUAUAUUUGCUAUAUUAAUUAGAGUUUUACUGUACAUGUAGGUGAUGUUCUGUAGAAGCUGAGAAUGAUGAUGGUACAGGAUAAGAUUCUGGUUUUGAAGUACAAAAAUAGGGAGAACUUGUGUGUGGUUAAUGUAUAGUUGAGGAUUGUUCAUCUCAAGGAUUUUAUUUUUAAGCUGGUGUUCCAUUAGCUUUAACCUUCAUUAAGUAAGAUGAAAUUUGUGUACAACCUUCGUUGCUCCAUUAGUUGGUAUCAUGCUUGCCAAUGAUCUUUUAUUGUAGUUUUGAAAGAGAAAGUAAUUUCCAUACGCUGUUAAUGAACAGAUUUUGAAAGUUUAAAUGUCUUUGUGGGAUCCCUUAUUUUUAAAUUUUACUUCAACACUAAUUUUAUAGUUUAUCUGGUAGUAGCAACAUUACAUUACCUGUUGAUCAUCAGGAUUUUGUUAACAAGUAUUAAAUUUUUGUAAUGUGUUUUUAAAAAGUCAAAAUUAUUUGUGUUGAGUACAUAACAAAAUAAAUAAGUGAAAGUAAUGAAGUACAGUUGUUGAUUGAAAGAACCGUAACAUUUGAAAUUGGACAGAAAUUCAUCUGUCAAAAAUUGCUUUCUGGAAUAAAGGCUUUAUAAAAUUCUUAGUCUUUUCAAGAUUUAAUGUUCCAGAAUAAUGACUCUGAAAUUUAAAGCAGGUCCUUUUUUCUGAAGAGACUAAGUAAUAUAAACUUGGGAACUAAAUCUCUUAUGUUUAUUGCUGUCAGAACUUAGGAAUGGGCAAUGGAUGCAACCAGAGUUGUCACUAGCUCAUCAACUUUUCUUUUUAUAAUAAUUCCUUUGUGAUAUGUUAGUAUAGUAUAUUGGAAAGUGCUGUGAUCUUAAAGGAGGCAGGAUUUUCCAGCACUGGUAUGGAUGAGAAAUAAGAAUCAGAUUUUCCCAUUUUGGAGGAAAUUUUAUAUUGCUUUCAUAUCAUGAGGUACAAUUGUGCAGUGCAGCUGUUGUAGAUAGAACGCACAUGUAUGUAGAAUUGUUCUCUUCCACAUUUUUAAGGGUAGGUGAUGUGAUUGACGUGUGCUCUCUUUCAGCUACAGAGAUUUAUGAAAGUAUUUCUAAAGUUGGAUGUGUUUUGUAACAUUUUAUUCCAUUUUAUUUUCAAUAGAUGGUAGCAAAACACGCAGUCUCCAUUCUGCUAGUCACUCUGGGCAUUUCAACCCAGUAUUUAAUGUAAUGGUAUGUUAUGAAUAAGUCUCAGAUGUUAUUUGUGUCUAAUAUUAAAUGCAUGGAUUUACA